AUGCAUCCACACGUCAUUGCCGCUUGGCUCUCCGAGAUCCCUCAACUAUCCCCCAAAACCGCCUCCAGCACGCGAGAUGAAGAAGAAGCUGCUACUUCUGCUGCCACGGCUGCCGCAGAGCAUUCACUGUGCGCCGACUUCCCCCUCCUCGCACGAAGACGACAGGGACAGCGACAUCGAGAAGCCUUGCAAUCCAUAUCCACGCAAGCACCGCAGCUCAACAUCAUCGGCAUGCCGGCCAAAAAACGGAAACGCGUUGGCAGCCCAACCAAGAACACAGCCAUACGUUGGGGAGAUGAUGGUGGUGAGGAUGAGCGUGGCGGUGGCGAUGGUGAUGGCGACAGCACUGGACAAGAGAACAGCGAGCUGGAUCAACCUAGCGACGACCUCGAUGCCACACCAAGGGCGUCAGGAUCCGGCGUCCGCCUCCGCAGUUCAACAUUCACCAACGCCAUGUACCAACUUCCACCUGCAGUUGGUAUUAACAACGCACAAGGCUUGGACUAUCCCUCGUCACCGCAGCGGAAGAGCACCACUUCGCGUAAACGAUCUGCAAGUCCUGUCAAAAAUACGCAACCCCUCAAUGCUCUCUCCGAGACGCCUGUCCGGUGGUUUACGGGGGAUGUCAUUCGCUGUGUCCAGGAUAUCAUGGAGCUGUGUCCAGAUCAUAUCGAGAUAGUGCGCAGGCUUGGAAACAUCGCCGGUGGCAUAACACCCUGUAUCCCGACUGAGGUGAAGGGAGAGCUAGAUCCUGUCGAGAGAUUCCGUUGCAUCGAUUCAGACUUCACAGUUGAUAAGGCUGAUGUGGCUGGUGGUUGCAACGGCGAUGAGGACGACGACGAUGACAACAGCGAUACCAAGGCCCCUUUCCAGCUCCUCUACGAGCUAGAGGUCCUUCGAGAGAUCGUCGAGAGUACGCAUAAUUGCGUUCUGGGUAUGCCAAGCGAGCCAGCGUGGAACGACGAGGUCCAUUCACCCUUGCUGCGUCUCGCUGUCAAGUACCUAGAUCAUGUUCGGGCAGUCAACUUCACCCGUGUACCCAUCGACCAAGCCUUCCUUACCUCCGCCACUAGGUUGCCGACGUCGUUGUUGUCAGCAGGGACUAGCGAGUCCUCAACUUCCACCAUGGGUAGUAGGAUGAUCGACUACGCCAUGAUUCUUCGGCUUCCCCUGCGCUCCCCCCUGUACUGCCAAAUGACCAGCUUCCUUCACUCCCAGUGCAGCCCGCCCUGGAAUCCAACGACUAUCAACCCAACAACAAACGAAGGUCUUUGGGACGCACCGACUGGCGUCCUGAUCGAGACCAAGGCCGACUCGGGCACCUUCUCGGUGGGGCGCACUCAGCUAGGUCUGUGGGCAAGGGCAUGGUUCAAGCGCUUCGAGAUGCUGAGGUCAUCCUCCCCCAUGCAACCAUGCAUACUGCCGAUUAUCUUUGUCGUGUCUGACAGUUGGACUUGCUACUUUGCAUGUCACAUUAAUGGCAAGAUCGACAUCGUCGGCGACUUGUGUUUGGGCAGUACGAAGUCGCUAAGAGGAGCUUACCGUAUUCUUGCCGCUCUACGGGAGUUGGGCUGCUGGGUCGAUCAAGAAUUUAGAGCCUGGAUCGAGCAACUGGUCGGUUACCAGGAGGAAGAGGAGGAGGUGGAAGAGGAGGAGGAGGAAGAGGGGGAGGAGGAGGAGGAAGAGGAGGAGGAGGAAGAGGAGGAGGAGGAAGAGGAGGAGGAGAGGAGGAAGAGGAGGAGGAAGACUCAGCUUGAUUGA